AUGAAAUUCAUCCAAUUAUUUUUCCCUCUCGUCAUUUCCACAACUGCCCUUGCCGUUCCAACGGGUACUCUGCAAGAGCGGUCGGCGACGAUAUGUGGCCAAUGGGACUCAGUAGUCACAGGAACUUACACAGUCUACCAGGAUCUGUGGAAUGAAGGCCAAGCAGCAAAUGGCUCUCAAUGCACCACGGUCACAUCGGACUCUGGCAACACUCUAGCGUGGUCGACAUCUUGGUCGUGGGAAGGCGCAUCGAACCAAGUUAAAUCCUACGCAAAUGCUGCAGUUACUAUGUCAAGCAUUAAGAAGAUAUCUGCAAUCACCAGUAUACCUACCACUUGGAAAUGGAGCUACACAGGAAGCAGCAUCGUUGCAGAUGUGUCCUACGAUAUGUUUACCUCAUCAACCGCAUCAGGUUCCAACGAGUACGAAAUUAUGAUUUGGCUUGCUGCUAUCGGAGGUGCGGGACCAAUUUCAAGCAAUGGAUCCGCUGUGGCAACACCUACUAUUGGUGGCGUGAACUUCAAGCUCUACAGUGGACCAAAUGGUGCCACAACUGUAUACUCUUUCGUUGCUGCGAGCGAGACAACCAGCUUCUCUGGCGAUCUGAAGGCCUUCUACACAUAUCUGGAAAGCAGCUCCAGCUUCAGCUUCCCUUCCAGCCAGUAUCUCUUGAACAUUGGCGCUGGCACUGAACCUUUCACCGGGUCUGGUGCGGUGUUCAAAACCUCUGCUUACAGUUGUGUGGUCAACUGA